UCGGGUAGUAUCGGAGGGACCGUGUUGCGUUUCGGUGUGUCGCCGCUCCUUCCGCCGCCAGUCCCAGUGUUUCUGAGACAUAACCGGAGGAGGGCCGCGGGGACGUCGCCAUGAGCGCGGGUUUGGACCUGUCGCGCCGGAACCCGCAGGAGGAUUUCGAGCUCAUCCAGAGGAUCGGCAGCGGGACGUACGGAGAUGUGUACAAGGCGCGCAAUGUCAACACGGGAGAGCUGGCGGCCAUCAAGGUCAUCAAACUGGAACCAGGUGAAGACUUUAUGGUGGUUCAGCAGGAGAUUAUCAUGAUGAAAGAUUGUAAACACUCCAACAUAGUCGCGUACUUCGGCAGUUAUCUCAGGAGGGAUAAGUUAUGGAUCUGUAUGGAAUACUGUGGAGGAGGCUCGUUACAGGAUAUUUACCACGUGACCGGGCCUCUGCUGGAGUCCCAAAUAGCAUAUGUAUCCCGAGAGACCCUUCAGGGUCUUUACUACCUCCAUAACAAAAGCAAGAUGCACAGAGAUAUUAAGGGAGCGAAUAUUCUGCUAACAGACAACGGCUAUGUGAAGCUGGCUGAUUUUGGCGUGUCGGCUCAGAUCUCGGCCACCCUCGCCAAGAGAAAGUCCUUCAUCGGGACGCCAUACUGGAUGGCACCUGAGGUGGCAGCGGUGGAAAGGAAGGGCGGGUAUAACCAGCUGUGCGAUAUCUGGGCCGUGGGCAUCACUGCCAUCGAGCUGGCCGAGCUGCAGCCGCCCAUGUUCGACCUUCAUCCAAUGAGGGCUCUUUUCCUCAUGACCAAGAGCAAUUUCCAGCCACCUAAACUGAAAGAUAAAGUGAAGUGGACGAAUAACUUCCAUCAUUUCGUCAAAAUGGCGCUCAUCAAGAACCCCAAGAAGAGGCCGACGGCUGACAAACUGCUCCAGCACCCGUUCGUGUCGCAGCCGUUGAGCCGCACCCUCGCCAUCGAGCUCUUGGACAAAGCCAGCAACCCGGACCACAUCGAAGAGCACGACGUCGAGGACGAAGACGCCGACCCUGAGUCUCCUGUCUCGGUUCCCUCUCGGAUAAAACCAAUAAGCAGAAGUGCGCGGGAUGAGAAGACCCUCUCAGAGAUUAACUUCGAUCAGGUGAAGUUCGAUCCUCCCUUGAGGAAGGAGACGGAGUUGCAUCAUCAUGAGCCGGAGCUGCAGUUGGAGUCACAGAGCUUACUGGGUGAUAAUAAAAGUCUGUUGAGAUCCGUAGCGGAGGAGCUCAAUCAGAGGGGUCAUGUGACACAUUUAGAGGAGGAUGAGGAGGAUGGUGAUGAUGAAGCCGAACAUUCACACUCGAGUGCCACAAUGAGGCCCAAAGUACCUCCACCGUUACCACCCAAGCCGAAAGCUCCGACUCCACCUCAGAGCGACCCCGACCUGGACGACGGCGGCGAUGGAACCAUCAAGCGUUGCCCGGCGUCCUCAAGCCCCGCCCCCACCCCUCCUCGCCCCACCUCCUGCGUCCCCCCCAGGCCUCCGCCCCCUCGCCUGCCUCCACAGAGACGCAGCAGCUUAGGUAAAGAGCCUCCCGAGCGUGCUCAGACAGAGCCUGAAGGGGAUGAUGGGAGUUUUAGGUUCUGGGAGUGGCUUCACGCCGAGGAGCAGCGGGACGACAGUAACGGAGUGAGUCUCACUCAGCAGAAUGGCGAGCAAGAAAGACAGUCGACUCUUCCCAGCGUCCCCAGUCGCAAGACUAAAGAGAUUCCCAAGCCCAUAAGUAACGGCCUGCCUCCAACUCCGAAAGUGCAUAUGGGAGCUUGUUUCAUGAAAGUGUUUAACGGCUGUCCGCUGAAGAUCCACUGUGCUUCAUCCUGGAUCAACCCAGACACUCGAGAUGAGUAUUUAAUUUUCGGAGCGGAGGAGGGUAUCUACAGCCUCAAUCUGAACGAGCUUCAUGAGACCUCCAUGGAUCAGAUCUUUCCACGGAGGUGCACGUGGCUGUACGUGAUGAACAACUGGCUUCUCUCCAUAUCUGGCAAAGCGUCUCAGCUUUACUCUCAUAACCUGGCCGGUCUUUUCGGACAAGCCAGACAGAUGCAGAAGUUACCGGUGGCAAUUCCAACACACAAGCUGCCCGAUAAAAUCAUCCCCCGAAAGUUCACGGUGUCGAAUAAGAUUCCGGAUACGAAGGGAUGCCAGAAGUGUUGUGUAGUUCGUAAUCCAUACUCCGGACACAAGUACCUGUGUGGUGCGUUCCAGUCCAAUGUAGCUCUAUUUGAAUGGGUAGAGACUAUGCAGCGCUUCAUGCUCAUUAAGUGUGUAGAUUUGACGCUGCCGUGUCCGUUGGAGGUGUUUGAGAUGCUGGUGGUACCGGAACAUCACUACCCUCUGAUCUGUGUGUCAGUCAGUAAGGGGAGUCAGCCUGAUCAGAUGGUCACCUUCGGCACCGUCGACCCCAACACCGUCAUGCCCACUUUCACUGAGCCUGACACGCCACAGACGUGUGUGAAUCAUGUCACACAGCUGGAGAGGGACACCAUACUGGUGUGUUUGGAUCGUUGUAUAAAGAUGGUGAAUUUACAGGGCCGGUUAAAAUCCAACAAGAAGCUCUCGGCAGAGCUCACCUUCAACUUCCAGAUAGAAGCAAUUGUGUGUUUGCAGGACAGUGUUCUGGCGUUCUGGAGGCACGGCAUGCAGGGACGCAGUUUUAAAACCAACGAGAUCACACAGGAGAUCUCGGACAGCUCGCGGAUCUUCAGGCUGCUGGGAUCAGACAGGACGGUGGUGCUGGAGAGCCGACCGACAGAUAAUCCCACAGCUCAGAGUAACCUGUACAUACUGGCAGGCCACGAGAACAGCUACUGAACACACACACACACACACACACACUAAACCGCAUUCCUCAGCCAUGCUGCGUAACACACUACACCCAGCCACAAGUAUAAGCUCUGUGUGUGCACAUAGACAUUCCUGCUCAACACACAUACACACACCCCAUACGCCAGCCGCCGUUCUCUUAAACUACUGUACGCUACACAACAGCCAUAAAUCAGCACAGAGAUAAAGGGGCACGAACCUCGGAUCGUACACUAACACAUUCGGCUAUUUUAACGUAUUUAUUCUGACACGUCACAACGAGGAGUCUUGGUUUAGAUUUUUUUUUUUUGUACGUUUUAUACAUUCCUGCCUGCAGCCUGUCCUUAAUCCUAGUCUGGCUUUAUUCAUAGCCAUUGUUAUUCCAGGGCAACAAAAUAAUAUCAGAAAGGUUUAAUCUGAGAGUAGAGACAUUUCGAUUUCGAAUAAAUAACAAAAUUAUUAUUAAACGCUGAAUAUAAAACACUAAAUUGUAUUAUUCUCAAGAAAUUACACCGAAAUUAUUUAUAGUUAUUUUAAUAACCUCCAACAAUAAUCUGCUGUGACUUUCAACUAGCUGCUAUAAUUUGGUGACCGGUAACCUCGGGUGAUAACCUUAUCUUGCUAUGAACAACUAACUAGCUGUACAUUCCUUUUAUUAAAUAUAAUAAUAAUAGGAAACAUUUCCAUUCAUAAACAAAACCUCUUUACAAACGCAAACAUGGCUCAGAGCGCAAUUUUUGGCUGAAUUAGGAUUAUUCCUUUAAUCCUGUACGCAUUAUUUCAUUCAGUCAACAGAAAAUCAGGACCACGAAAGCAAGGAGGGUUCUGAAGAUAAAGCCACGUCAGAUCUAAACGUUCUGUAUUUAAUGUACUAUUUUAAAACGGUCUAUUUUACCUAAUAAAUACUUAUGUGAAAGCAUUACAGGACCAGUCGUGCUCAGAUUUGCCCUUUUUUAAACAAUUCUUACUUCAGGAAAACUAAACUCACUCACAUGAUUCCUUUAAGUAUUAUUUUAUCAUGUAUUUGGGAUCCUUGUCGGCCUGUUCAGCAUAUAGAAGUGAGAAUAUAAAUAAGAAUCAAAUCUUAAUAUAUCAGAUCAGAUGUACAUUCCAAAUAAAUCCUUCUCCCAGCAUUAAAUAAAGGGGCGUUUUCCACACAAGUAGAGUUGAUUUAGAUGUUCAUUACAGGACCAAAAUCAGAACCCAGUUCCCUGAGGCUGUCUGUAAUGAUGCCUUUAUGGAGAACAACAAUUAGAGCCAAACUGUAGUUUUUAUAUUUGAACUAGACCAAAGUCUACAAAUAAAACGUCUUAAUAACACAACGUUCAUGUUAUAAAUACAGAUGAAGUUAAAAUGUACAUAUAUUAUUUAGAGGCUCAAACUCAUUUCCUCCCAGUAGGUGCUGAACCUUCUGUUGUGCCCACAGAAAGCACUAAAUUAGCUGCAGGUUAAAUUUCGAUUAUAAAACAUUCGUACCACUUCAAAAGUGGUCUUCAUUUUCUGCUUUAAAGAAGAUAAAAGAAAUCCAGAUGAAUAAUAACACUCACUACAGGAGCGUACUUUGCUUUACUCCUUUGCUUCACACGAUCUGAUCACUAAUCACUGUAUUCACAUCUUUUUUUUUUUACAAUGAUAUCGUGACGUUCUCCGUUCUGCAAGUGCACAGACGAUGUAAACUGUCCAUGAAACAAAGCACACACGCUCACACACGUCGCCUCGCACUACAGACAUUUACACACGAGCUGUGAUGUUCGUUAAUAAUAGUGAUUACUGAUAGAGACGAUUUUAAAUAAUAAUAGAUCUUUGAUGCAUCAUGAUAAAGCAGAGAUGCGGUUUGUGUAAAUAUUAACCAACCCAAGAACUCUUGUAUUGACGGCUGCAUUCACAAGGACAUUGUGGUAUUUACUGUUGUUGAGAUUAAUCUAAUGAAUCUCUUGAUCUCUGCACUCGUGUCAGAAAGAGACUCACUGGUGUAAAAUUCAUGUAAAUGUAGCGUUUUUCUGAUGCCUAACAGAUUUAUUGAUCGUCGAGGUUCAUCGUCACUUUGCUUUCAAAUAGUUGUAAUAUCUGACUUGGGCACCAGUCUAUUGUGGGGCUUCAGGCCAAACCCACCUGCAUUAACAAUUUCAACCCCUAGAAUGCUACUGUAUAUUAUUUCUGUAAAUUCUAAAUAGUAUAACAAACCUGAGCAGAGUUUCCUUCCUUUCUUUUAGAUUCGCUUUAUUUUCAGUGUUAUUUUAUCUUGUGUGUAUUAAAGCCAAACCCUCUGUAUGAUAAAUAAAUAACACAAGUUAAUAUUAUCUAAUUGUUAAUAAAAUUGUACUGCUGCAAAUGCUUAGCAGGUAUGUUCUGAAACAGUUUAGUAACAGGUACAUACCAUUGUUUAGAGGUUUGCAUUUGACUGUGUGUGUGAUAUAUACAUAUACAUAUAUAUACACACACACACACACACACACACACACACACGCGAGGGAUCUUUAAAAAGUUUCCGCACUUUUAUAUUUUAGUAAAUAUUUAGUGAUAAACGAUGAGGGCGGGACAGGAGGAGGAGGAAUCGGUCGUGUCUGAGAGACAGGGAGACUCUUAUAGUCUGGAUUUAGCUCCAUCUGAUUUCCACCUUUUUGGACGCUCAGAGAAGCUUUAAGUGGAAGAAGGUUUUCAUGUGAUGAUGUGAAAGCAGCGGCACAUCAGUGGCUACGCUCUCAGUUUUUUGUCUGACGGCAUUAAAAAGUCGGUACGAUGCUGGGAAAAUGCAUCGGAAGGUGAGGAUGUAGAAAAGUGCUGAGACCUUUUGAAGAACCCUCGUAUUAGAGGAUAUUUUUAUGUUUCGCUGCUUGUAUUAUAUCUAAAUUGGGCAGUAAAAUAACAGGGAGUUUUAUGGCUAGGAACAUUCAAUGCAGUUAAAUUUGUAUUUUAUAUUCAUGCUUUUCUGAGUUACGUUCAAAUAAUGAAAUCAGUUAGAAAAUGUGUUGUUUUUUUUUACAAUGCCGUAAUGACCUUGUGAACGUAGUCGUCUGUUUCUAAAUGCUAAACAUUUCAAAUAUAAGAAUUCGAGUCUUGGGGUGACAUUUAGCAACAUGUGCAUGCUUUCUAGAGAAGUGUGUUUGAGCUGCUGCAUCGGACUCCGUUCUGACCUCUGGGCCAAAAUAUCACACGGAGCGUUUCUCAUCUGUAUCCUGUCCGAUAGAGGGAUCGCUUGUUUAUUUUUAUUUUUCUCGAUAGCUUCUGCUUGAUAGAGAUUGAGACACGCUUUGUAAUUUCAUCAGACAGCACAUGGCCUACCAGUGGAAACACGCAGGGUGUCGUAUAUCCCACACAUUGCUCAACACACAGAUAACAGAUAAGUGCGUAUUUAAGAGAGCUAGAUUAACGCGUAUAGAGCGCAGUAGUUCGAACCUUAAUGCAACUUUUAAUCCUGACACGCAGGUUCCAGCAUGUGUAUCUGAUAAACUCCGCGUCGUCGGCUGCAUCGUUAACGUGUUCACACUUCAGUGCACAUGACCUGUAAAUAGUGUACGAUAAUAUUUGGUUUUACAGACUGUAUAAUCGUCUAUAUUUUGUUUCGGAUCUGAUGAGAUUAAGGUAACACAUUAAAGUUGAUAAAAUGUAAA